UUUAUUUCAAACCUUACCCAAUUCCGUACUAGUCCUCUGCAAAAUUCUUCUUAAAAGAAUUCUCUCUAAAAUGGCAUACUGGGCUGUGGACGUCUCUGAAAAUAAGCCUGAUAGAAUCACCAUUCCUGAGUUAACAUCUUCCGACCUGAAGGUUGCGGUGGCCACGUACCGCUCGUCCAAGGAUAGUGACUCAGAGACGAAAGAUUGCUCCACCAGGGUUCUCAACUACGAAGCGUCGCCCCUGCGCAGCACAACAGGCUACAAUCUGCGCGUUCUCUACCGCGUCGACGACGAGAGGUUCACUGUCAACUUCCAGUUACGCUAUGUGAAAAACGACGCCAGCAAGACAGAGAAGGAAACAUUCCGUAAGGAGCUCCUGUUCUUCGGCUGCGUAAUGCCAAAGGUGAAGCAGUUUCUGCCUUACCACCAGUCCAAGGUUCCUGUGCCUGAUUGUUUCCUGGCCAGAAGCCAUGACGACGAGGCGCUGCGCCAGUCGGCAAAGUCUUCGCCCUGCUGCCUCGUUAAGGGCUCUACCGACCUGAUUAUAAUCGAGGACCUGAUCAACGAAGGUUACGAGCCCUGCCAGCCGCCGUACGACAUGAUCCAUCUCAAAUUGGCAAUCAAAAGCCUGGCCCACCUGCAUGGGCUGAGUGUGUAUCUGAACCGACGUGGCAACAACCACAACUUGAGCAUUCCGCAGUGCUUUCCAUCUCUGGUGCCUGAGACCUUUUUCAGCAAGCGAUACAACCCGGUUUUCUAUUCCCAGUUGCAGAUGGCCACCCACAUUUUUUCGGCAGUAGGCCCUAUGCUGAACCAGGAGAUGCUAGUGCCGGGAAAAGAUGUUGUACCAGUCGUCCGACUGUUGAUGACUGGUCUCUGGGAGGUGGUUGAAGACGUGAUGAAAGCCAGUGCCACACAAAUUAACGCACUCUGCGUCGUAGACUGUGAUGCAGCCAACUUCCUCUUCUCGUAUGACGACCGCCGCGUGCCGAUCGCCUGCAAGAUCAGCAAAUUCCGCAACGCCAAGUUCACGCGCCCGAUCACAGAUUUGGUCAGCCUGAUCUACAACUGCUCCGUGGGCGGCUUCUCAAGCGACCAGUACCAACACCUGUGUGACGUGUACCACGAAGAAUUCCUAAACACCUUCAACAAGUGCCACGUCAAGUUCCACUCGACGCUGCCGCUGCCAGCCGGCCUCCUAAGUAUGCAGGAGCUGCGGCAAACCUUUGCAGAAUGUCGCCUACUCGGUGCUGCGCAGCGUGCGGUGCUCACCAGCUUUGGUUGCCUGCUCAACUUUGACGACCCAGAUGCUGAGGACCACUUAGUGCACGUAGAUACUGACAUGCCUAUGCACCACCUGGUGUGGCGCAAGCUGCUUGAGGACAAGAUCAACUUGCCAAGCAACCUGGUUGAUUUGCGUCACGUCGCGGUCAAGACACUGCAGAACAACCCUUACUACAGGGCGUCCAUGUUUGAGAGUCUGAGCGACCUGCUCACCUGUCUUUCCGCUCGUAUCUACUGCGAACUGCCCAAGCCGCACAAACGAUGCCCACACCCAAACCCGUAGCAAAGAAAAUUAUUAAUUUGAUUGAGUAAAAAA